UUUUGGGGUGUUUUUUUCCUUGCUGAUCAACUGCUGGGAAAUAAUUGCUGAGAUUCAUUUUCGCUCAUUAGUGACCUUCCCCCCUGGGUUCCCGGGCUGAUCCCCCAGACAAAGCUCCAUCAGUUGCUAUUCCAGAUUCCCAGUGAUACACACCACGCCGUUUCCCACGAGUGAGGGGGACGGCCCCUCCGACCCCCCAGGAUAGGGCCCGGUUCCUCCAGAGCGUUUCCCUGCCACGACCAAAGGCUGCUGUCCCCCGGGACGGCCUCGCCUGAACCCCCGCAAGAAGAAUCGCCGUUUUACGGUAAUUUAGCUUUUAAUUAAUGGGGGGGGGGGUGGGGUGUCCCAUCCCCAUCCGCAGCUCUCACCAGCACCCUCCUCCCUCCCUCCGCGCCACCGGCGUUCCCACCCGGCCGCGUGGACCAGGACACGGGGCCGUGACUCCUUGAUGGCCCCCCCCACCGCCGGGGCCGCCGCUUCCCCCCUCCCACUGCCGCUGCCUGUCCGUGUGUUUCCCCCCCAUACCCGGAGGCCGCGGCCGGGGCACAAGGGCGGGCACAAGGACCCUGCGCGGCGCGGUCCGCGGAAUGUCUUUCAUUCACGGGCACGCCGCGCCGGGAGGCGCUGAGGGAGUGGGCGGUGCCGGCGCGGCGUCCGGACCAAUAGGCUGUGGCGCUGCCUGAGCGUCACGCUGCGGCGGACCAAUGGGUGCGAGCCGAGCCUGAACUUUUGCCACGGCGGACAAGUUGAUACAUCGCGGGGGUGUGUCCCGCCGCGGCGGCUCCGGCGGGGGGGGAGCAAGGGGGGGGAGCGGCUUUAACCCCUGCGCUGCCGCCGCGCCGCCGUGACCUACUUUCCCCGCGGCGAGGGGGGCCGCGGAGGGACGCAACCCCCCCGCCUUCCUCCUCCUGCCAUCCCCGGUCCCUGCUGGUGGGAAGGAGGGAGGGAGAGAGGGAAGGCGCCUCGGUGCAGGGAGGGUGGUUGGUGGUGGUGGGAUGUGUGUGUGUGUGUGUUUGCGCAUCGGGGUUCGUGUCCCUUUAAGAGCUCGGAAACCCGAUGCGGUGUUUGCGCAACGCCCGGUGCCGCGCGGAGCCGCCAAAGUGUCUAGACUGGCACAUGAUGGGCGGCAGCCAAUCGCGCCGCCGCUCAGCGAAGGGGCCCCGCGCGCGCGCGCGCGUACCCCCCUCCCUCCCUCUUCCCCCCUUCACCACCCGCCCCCCCCCCCCCCCCCCCCCGUCAGCCACACAAAAGCCAGCGGAGGGCGGGGGGGCGGGCGCGAGCGGGCGCGCCGGCGGGAGCCGUGCGCAGGGACCCGGCGGGAGCGGAGCUGGACCGAGACCGGGAGCGGACAGACGGACACCGCGUGUGCGCGGGCACCGGCCGCGGGCGGGUCUCGCCCUUUUGCUGCUUUUUGACCAUUUUUGACCAUUUUUUUUCUUCUUCUUUCCUUUUUUAAAUAAUUUUUCUGUUUCUUUAACGAUUUUUGGCCGAACGGAACCGGCACCUCCGAGCGCGGACCCGGCGCCGCUUCCACCCAUCUCCUCCCAGCUCCCACCUUGUACGGUGGAGCCGCCGCGGGGCGCAGCCGAGCGCUGCCCCGGGCUCACCCUCGGCCCCGUCCCCGCGUUGGCAGCCGAUGUAGGGCACGGCGCGGCGCGCCCGAGCCCCAGCGCCGCCACGGGAGCGGCCCCGCACCGCCCGCGGGCAUCGGCGCAACCCCCGCGGCACCGUCUAUGCCCGCGCCGCGCUCCCUCCCCCGCCGCCUUCCCCCAUGGUGCGGCCCCCGCCGCGGGCCGUCGGCGAUUCGCUGGGAAGGGCCGCGGGGAAACGGCGGCGCCGGGAAGUGCGGGCAGGCUGCGAGGGCGGCGGGUCUGAGAUGAGAUAGAGCCGGCGGCGGAGCGAGGAGCCCCGCGGAGGGGGGGGGGGGAAGCGGCGGAGAGCGACGCGACCCCCGGCCGCCCGCGUGUCGUAUGUUCAGGUCCAAACGCUCAGGGCUGGUGCGGCGACUUUGGAGGAGCCGCGUCAUUCCGGACAGGGACGGCGGAGAUGGGAGCGCCAGGAGCGGCCACGACCUCGGAGCCACCGGUAGCUGUAAAAUCUCGGAGAAAAACCCUUCGUCGGAGAUCCGCGCGGUAGCGCGCAGCCUGCUGCGGGAGGCGGAGGAGCGGCGGGGCGAGGCGGCGCCCCGCGGGGACCCCAUGGCGGAGCGGCGCGGGGCCCGGCUCCGCUCCCCACCGCGGCGGGACGGCGCCGGCGGGGCGAGCCCGCGGCGGGCGCCGGAGAGCGACAGUCGGACCGUGACCUGCUGCCUCUUCAAGGAGCGGGAGCCGGGCGGCCCCCAGCCCCCCGACACAGACACCGCCGGCGGCCCCCCCAGCCCCGACGGCGCGGCCGACGGCGGCUCCCCGGAACGGCGGGGCCGGGAGGCGCGGUCGCGGCUGGUGCUGCUGGAGCAGGAGCUGAAGGCCGUCACCUACUCGCUGCUGAAGCGGCUGAAGGAGCGCUCGCUGGACAGCCUGCUGGAGGCGGUGGAGUCCCGCGGGGGCAUGCCCAGCGGCUGCGUGCUGGUGGCCCGCACCGAGCUGCGCCUGGGGGGCCAGGCGGCUCCCCCCCACCUCCUCCUGGGAAAACUCUUCCGAUGGCCCGACCUGCAGCACCCCGCCGAGCUGAAACCUCUCUGCGAGUGCCAGAGCUUCGGCGUCGCCGACGGACCCACCGUCUGCUGCAACCCCUACCACUUCAGCCGCCUCUGUGGGCCAGAGUCUCCACCACCUCCCUACUCUCGGCUGUCUCCUAAUGAUGAGCAAAAGCCACUGGAUCUAUCAGAUUCCACGUUGUCUUACACUGAAACAGAGGCUACAAACUCGCCCAACGUCACGCCCGGAGACUUCUCAGAUGCCAGUACGUCGCCUGAUGCCGUGAAGAGGAGCCAUUGGUGCAACGUGGCCUAUUGGGAGCACCGGACACGCGUCGGCCGCCUCUACACAGUGUACGAACAGUCUGUCAGUAUAUUUUAUGACCUACCUCAAGGAAACGGCUUCUGCCUCGGACAGCUAAACCUGGAAAACAGGAGCGAGACUGUGAGAAGGACUCGAAGUAAAAUCGGCUACGGGAUUUUACUCAGCAAAGAACCGGACGGUGUGUGGGCUUACAACCGCAGCGAGCACCCCAUCUUCGUCAACUCCCCGACACUGGACAUCCCCAACUGUAGGACUUUGAUCGUGCGCAAGGUGAUGCCGGGUUACUCCAUCAAGGUGUUUGACUACGAGAAGUCCUGCCUCUUGCAGCACACGGCUGAUCUGGAUUACACGGACGGGCCCUACGACCCCAACAGCGUGAGGAUCAGCUUCGCCAAAGGCUGGGGGCCAUGUUACUCCAGACAGUUCAUCACAUCGUGUCCUUGUUGGCUGGAGAUUUUACUCAGUAACAAUCGAUAACAGUCAGCCUCUGACGAAAGGAAAAUAGAAAAAAAAAAAGACACAGACUAUCCCAAAUAUCAUCUACCUAGAUUUAAUAUAAAGUUUUAUAUAUUAUAUGAAAAUAUAUAUUAUACUUGUAAUUAUGGAGUCAUUUUUACAAUGUAAUUAUUUAUGUAUGGUGCAAUGUGUAUAUGGACAAAAACCAGAAAAUGCA